AUGUGGUCAGCUCUAACGAUGGCAAGGUGGACUGCUGCUGCUGCUGCUGCUGGGGAACUCCGUCAAGUUUUCUGCCUUUUUGCAUUUAGCACACUGAUGAUGGAGACAGCGUCAGCUCCACAGACUGUAGCCAACAGAUCCAGUGGGCCGGAGGAAGGUGUAGAUACUCCCAGAGAUGACCAUCUCAUGACACUGAAGGCUUUGACGGAGAAAUUAAGACUGGAGACCCGGAGGCCUUCUUACGUAGAGUGGAAAGCCCAGCUGGAGGUAGAAAAGUUGGACGAGGCAGGAACAGGUAAAUGCCCCAUCCGUUUUGAGCCUAAAGGGACUGAAGUGGCGAACUCUGACGACAUUCCACGGAAGUUGCCCUCAAGAGAGCUGAAGGGGUUUGAAAACAUCGAUGAAGCUCUUAUUUGGCUCAGAAGAGAGCUGACAGACAUGCGGCUGCAGGACCAGCAGCUGGCCAGGCAGCUCGUACGGCUCCGGGACGACAUCAGCGCGCUGAAGAUCGAGCACACGUGCCGCCUUCAUCGCCGCAUGCUCAACGCCGCCACCGUGGGCCUGGAGGAGAAGGACGAGCUGUCGGAGCUCCUGUGCGAGUGCCCGGUCACCCCGGGGCUCGGCCUCUCGGCCCCUCUGAGGCUCAUCGGCGUGACCAAGAUGAACAUCAACUCUCGCCGGUUCUCUCUCUGCUAGCUGGUGCCUCCUCCCCCCUGAUAAGCAACAGUUUGUUCAGUAACAGCUUUGCUAUGGUCACCUCCUUUUGGUGUUCAGGGAUCGUGUGAUAAGCCUACCACCUUAGGAGACCAAUGAAAUGUGCUUUGAGGCUUCAGCUCUUCAGUCCCUGGCAGAUUUCUUUGUCCUCAUCAGCCACAUCGCUGCUAAAUUUCCAUGUCUGCUGUAUUUUCUGAACUGAAGACGGUCUCCAGUGGUUUAGCAAAGUUUUUCCCCUCUAACUAAGGCUCCAUUGUACAGUCCUGAGCUCUUGAUGGGAGCUUUUGUUCCUGAGAUAAUUACUGUCUGUUUAAAGGAUACACAUGAUUUAAUAUCCAGGAUCAACUCUGAAACUGAACUUAUCUCAAUCUCUUCUGGAUAUCCCCCCC